AUGUUUAAUAAAGGAUGCCAUUUUUGGAUGAUUAAAGACAAAGUUUAUUUAUAAAUAAUUAAGGAAAUAUUUAUUUCCAAUAUAUAAUUGCAUAUUAAUUUGAAAAGGCUGAAACAAUGUUAUUUAAUUGUGAAAUAGGGACCAAGUUUUAAAAACCAUAAAAUGGGCAAGCAAGUCUUUAAUGAUUAUCCGAAAUUAAAAAGUAGAGCCAAUCAAAUUUGAG